AGUACUGUAGUUUAUAAUGCAAUGAGUUUUUCCUUGUUGUCCUUCCUCUAAAUAUUUCAUAUUAAGAUUGCAGAAUGGAAAUAACGACUUCUCAAAUCGCGGUACUUUAAAUGGUUGUUGCCUUUUCUGGCAAUGACUCACAAGAACACUCACCGAGAACAGGAAGUUAGACAAACCAGCAGUAAAAUGAACAGAUGUAGUUCUUCACGCUCUCACAUAAACACACAAACACACACAGACGCAGAGGACUGCUUCAAUGAAAAACAUCCAUCUACAGGAACAGAAAACCAGGCUGGGAGUGUGGUUAGUCCUCAUGCCUUACAGGAUUUCUGGUUGAAUACCUGGAGCUCGGUGAUGUGCAGUGCUUGUUGACUUGAGCCUCAGCAGGCAUGGAGCUGGUGUCAGUUCAGUAUAAGUUUGAGUACACAGCCAACGAUGGCCGCCUCGUAUCCAUCAAGCCAAACGAAAGCUACAUCUUGGUGUCGAAGACCAACAAGCAUUGGUGGCACGUCUGCAAGGACCAGCGGAGUAAACCAUUUUACAUCCCUGCACAGUACGUGAAGGAACUUUCACCCAACACUGGUGCAGAGGAGCUGCAGUCACCUGAAGGUGUAGCUGACAGGACAACAUCAUCUAAAGCAGUAUCAGCAAUUCCUGUUCCAGUCCAAGUGUCUUCAAGAGGGAAGUAUCGCUUCUCUACUUUUGGUUUUGGUGAGGACCUGAAAUUUCAGAGCCAAACCGAAGGAAGCUUGAGCAAAAGAAACAGCAUCUGCACCUUCGUACCUACUGUUGAUAAAAUAAGACACACCUCAGCAGGCAAUGUCUCCAUCACCUCAGCCACCCUGGACACGGAUGAAAUGAAAGUGUCCAAAAACCCACAUCCUUUGCCAAAGGUGGAGAAUGGACAACCACAAAAGACAAGUUCACAGGAAAAUAUUUUUCUAGAUACUUCCUUCCCUUCACCUCCUACCUUUCUUGUUCAUGACACGGUACCAGAGAUCACCAUAACUGAAUGGGAGGACUUUUCUGAGCUGCCUCAUCCUUGUCCUGAUCCUGAUCCUGAUCCACAUCCUUCAGAUGAAUGUGGCCAGUCAAAGUCGGAGCAGCAGAACAAACAGGUGAGGAAUCAAAACCUUCGCUCUGCUGUUUACGCCAAUGUAGCGCAACUUCGCCACAGCAUCUCCGAGUCUCCUCCUUCGGUUUCUUCGUCUUACUCUCCAUCCUACCUUGGCCCAGAAGGAUGGGAGGUGCACACUGACCAGGACAGUGGACAGGACUACUAUUACCACCCUGCCACAGGCCACUCCACCUGGGACAAUCCUUUUCUAGACUCAGACCCCGAGCGCCUUCCCUCAGAGGAGACCUGCUUCCCUUCACCUCCUCGAUCGCCUGCCCUCUCUCCCUCCACCUCGCCCCCCCCUGUGUGGACCUCAGAUUGGGAGCAGUUGGUGGAUGAGACCAGUGGUCGACCCUACUUUUAUAACCCGAUGUCUGGGGAGACGUCCUGGGAACCUCCAGAGCAGCUGAGCCCGUACCCUCCUCUGAUGGAGCCUAUGAGCGUGCACCGGUUUCACGAGGAUGGGCCGCCUCCACUGCCUGAGGAAGACUACCCCUCUGAGGAUUACCCCACCGUCGAUCAGUCUGACGCCUACGCAGAAAUCUUUGCUGCUGGACCUCCAGUCCUCCCUAAGGAGUACAGCCUCAGCCACGUCAGCCGGACCAUCAUCCCUAGGGCCAACCUGGACCGGAGCACACCGUCGGGUUGGAACCUGACCGUGGAACCCAAUGGGACCUGGGUGUUCACCAGCGAACACACUCCGGAUCAGUGGAUCAAGUCUGUGGAUGAACGAGGGCAGACCUACUAUUACCUGAGAGAUGGAUCCAGGUCACUGUGGCACCUGCCUGAGCCUCCUGUGUCUCCGGGUCUGUACAGGGUGGAGAAUGGUGUCGAGGCAGAAAAUGUGUCAGUGAUAAAAAACUGGAGACACACCAUGGGGCCCGUUCAGCUCAGCUUACCACAGGAUGAUGGGAGAUUUGUCCCGACCCACAGGAGGAACACGUCAGACUACAGCAGUGACAGUUCCAGCACAGGGAACUCUCCAGAGACGCAGCCUAACAUGCACAACUUAGAGAAGGCUGGAAUCCUCAACAAGACAAAAGUUUGUGAAAAUGGCAAGAAAGUAAGGAAAAACUGGGCUCAGACAUGGACGGUUCUCCACGGAGGUGUUCUGACGUUCCACAAAGACCCAAAGUCUGCAGCCACAGGAGCCUCGAACAAGACCAAUCAGAUUGUUCCAGAGAUCACGGUCGAACUGCGGGGAGCGACGAUAGGCUGGGCCUCAAAGGACAAGUCCAGCAAAAAAAAUGUUUUAGAGAGUAUCAUCACCGACUGGCACAAAGUCUUAAUGGACACCAUACGACAACUGGAAUACCAAGACCAUCACUCAGAUGAGGAGGACGGGAACGUGUAUGAGAAAAUCUCCACCCCAGAGCAGGAGGACAAGACUGACAAGAGAAGAUCCAACAAAGCAAGUGUUACACACUCAUCCAGCUCUGCAGGAGACACAGAUCCAAAACGGGUUCGAACCAAACUGAUGAAGUUUCUUCUGAAGCGCCCGACGCUCCAGUCAGUCAAGGAGAAAGGAUACAUCAGAGAUAGUGUGUUUGGUUGCCAUCUGGACACGUUGUGUGCACAGGAGAGGACCACGGUUCCAAGUUUUGUGGAGAGAUGUAUCAAAUCAGUAGAAAAGAGAGGUUUGGACAUCGAUGGACUCUACAGGGUGAGUGGAAACCUGGCAGUUAUUCAGAAACUACGCUUCAAAGCUGACCAUGAGGAGCUGGACCUUGAAGACGGUCAGUGGGAGGACGUUCACGUUAUCACUGGAGCACUGAAGUUGUUUUUCAGGGAGCUUCCUGAGCCGCUCUCCCCUUACGGUCACUUUGCCAGCUUCAUCACAGCAAUCAGAAUUCCUGAUCACGACGCAAAACUGUCCCAUAUGCGUGAACUAGUCAAAUCACUUCCUCCUCCCAAUCAUGACACCAUGGAACUACUUUUUGGUCAUUUGUGCAGGGUCAUCCAGUAUGGGGAGGUCAAUCGGAUGUCGGUACAGAAUGUUGCCAUUGUGUUUGGCCCCACACUGCUCCGGCCCGAGACGGAAAGCAACAUUGCAAUGAACAUGGUUUAUCAGAACCAAAUAGUGGAGUUUAUUCUCAAUAAAUAUGAGGGCAUUUUCCACUAAAGUUAAAGCAGCUACAAGGCUUUAGUGCAGACCUACUGCCGUUCUUUAAAGUGCUAGAAUUUUUACAGCAAGUUAAGGCUCUUCAAGCAUUCUCUGCCUAGAUUAUUUGAAGGUUCAUCAUACUGUAUGAGGUACAAUAGGACAUUUCCUAUUGUCUUUGUUAAGAAGAUUUAAAGCCAACAUAACCACUGUUUUGUCCAGUUUUAUUCCUAUAAAGCUCCUAGAACAGUCUUUGGAGGAUUAGUCUGCCUAGGUAUUGCUGUGAGCAAAUGAGCUGGGUUCUUGUUUAAGACUCAAACUUGGUCCAAUUGCUUCUGAUCCCAGAUGUUGUAGUUUUUCCAAACCCACAAGUCACUUUUUGUGUCUAAUUUACUAUUGUAAUACAACCAGUUUUCAGACAUGAGACAGUGCAUCAAUAACAGCUUACAUCUAUACUGCAGACAGUAUAAUGACUUCAAUUAUUUUUCAGAGUUGACAUUUAAAAUAUCACACAAUGCAAUAAAUUAAGUUAUGUUCUAAUACUGCCAAUUUAAUUUUUUAUCUAUGAAUAAACUUAUUGUAAUAUAGAGAUUGUUGAAAGGCAAAUAUGUAUUAAUACAAAUAUUUUACCAUGUACUAGAGUAAAUGUUCACAUUGGAUAUUUUUCACAGAAUUUUAAAACAUGUUUUAUUUCUGAAAAUGCUGUACUUGAAUAAUACCAACAAAAGAAGAAAAUUAAAUAUUAGAACAAACAUCAUGUCCUGUAAAUAGAAAUAGAUGGCAUAUUUAUGCUGUAUGGUGUUGGAAAUAUACAAGUUAUUCAAUAAUGAUAAUAAUAAAGUAACUUUGUUUAAAAAAAA